AUGACUGUACUCUUUUGGAAUUGUAGAGGGGAAGCCAAAAAAGAGUUGGGUCGUUUACUUAAUUCACUAGUGGUUAAGCAUAGGUUGCAAAUGGUGGUGCUUUUGGAACCUAGAACUCAAAGUAAAAGCUAUGUAUCACUUAUGAAGAAGAUAAAGUUUGAUAAAUACUGGGUUGAAGAAGCUAAUGGGUUUUCAGGGGGAAUUCGGAUUUUAUGGUCUUCUGCUUGGGGAAAUGUGGAUGUCCGAAACCAAACAAACCAAAUGAUUCAUAUGAACAUCUCUUUAAGUUCUAAUCAAUCCUUUCUGUGUACGGCUAUUUAUGGAAGCCCAAGAGAAGUUGAAAGAAAUACUCUGUGGGAUGAUCUGAAGAAUCUAAGUAGAAGUAUUCAGGAACCAUGGCUAGUAGGAGGAGACUUUAAUGAAAUUGCAACUGUGCAGGAGAAAAUUGGGGGUUCUGCUCCUAAUCUAUCCAAAUGUGAUUUGUUUGCUUCUGUUUUGGAAGAUUGUAAUCUUGGAGACCUGGCUUUUCUGGACCUUUAUUCACGUGGCAGGGCCCCAAAUGGGGAAAUCAGAGAAGGGUGUAUAAGAGACUUUAUAGAGUGGUUGCAAACCUACAAUGGCGUUUGA